UCACAAAUCUCUUUGUUCUAUAGUUAAACAAAACACAUAAGAAGAAGAAAAACGAUGGCUCUCUCUGGUUCACAAAAGAAGGUUUUCCUACUUGUUCUAGCCAUUGCAUGUCUCUCCUCUUCUUGUGCUGAGGCGUGGAGCUGGAGUUCGAGUAACGGCAACGGUUGGGGAUGGGGAUCUGACGGCUCUAGCACCUCUACCUCAGGUCCUGGUUCAAACACUGGCGAUUCAAACUCUGGCGGUUCAAACUCUGGCGGUUCUAGCUCCCCUUGGGGAUCUUGGGGAUGGGGUUGGGGAUCCGGCGGCUCUGGCAGCCCGGCCCCAUCCAAUGCUUAAUAUCUUUUAGGAUGUGACUGGUGUGAUAAUAAAGAAAAAGAAUUCGAGUGAUUUUCAUAUCUAUUAUAAUGUAGAAGAAAACUGUCUACUAGAAAAAUAAAAAUUCCUUUGGUAAUAAAAUAAGUGGGGCAGU